UGUAGCGCCAGAGUCACUUCGCCAGAGGAGGACAUGGAAUACAAGAUGGGGAGCUGCAUUGGAAUUGCACGCAGCCAGGCUGAAGCCCACGCGGAGAGUUUGACUCACAGGGAGAACGGAGCGGUGCUGACUGAACCCUCCACCGCCCAGCAGAGUCUGCUCUCUCAGCCUGUCCUCCCAGACGUCCCCGUCGUCACUGGAGUGGAGGAGAGCCGAGGAGGAGCUGAAGACCAGGAGGACAAAGAGGAGCUCGAGUUCCCCCAUGACCUGCUGCCCAGUCUAGACUUCAGCAGUGAGCUCAACAUCUGGGAGUCCUCACUGGGACCCCUCCCAUCUCUGGCCUCUCCUCAACAAGAGUUUCUUACUCCGACUGAGGAGAUAGCUGCUCCUCUACAGCAGGAGGAGAUCCCGCCACCGGAGCAAGCAGCAGAGAGCACAACAGAGAUCCCACCUAAAGAACCAACACAGGAGCCAGUAGAGAUCCCAGAACCAACAGGGUGGGCAGUAGAUCUCCAAGAAGCAACAAAAAAGCCAGUAGAGCUCCCAGAGCCAACAAAGAAACCAGUAGAAGACUCAGAACCUGUAAAGGAGCAAGGUGAGCUCUUAAUACCAACAAAAGAGGCAGAAGAGCUCCCCGAACCAACGAAGAAGGCAGAGACCCUCCCGGACCCAGCGAGGGAGCCAAUCAGUGAGCUGCCAGAGAAACUAGACGAAAAACCAGCAGUGACUCCACCAAAAGACGCAUCAGAGGAGCCAGCUGGGGAAACUCCAGUGAAAGAUACAGUCCAGGAUCCUGUUGAGGAGCCGCGGGACAGUGGGCCCUCCCUCACUGAGCAGGCACACAGAGGUGACCCUGCUCCUGCCUCUGCCUCCCUACCUCCUCCUCCCUCCGGACACCAUUUCCCGCCUGCCCUUCCUCCUCACCUCCAGGACACAACCGAGUUCCCCACUCCUCCUCCAACCCCUCCAGAGAGGCAGACUCCCGAAGCUCGUGUGACCCCACCUGCAUCCCCCCGCCCUCCUGCACCGGCUCCUGCCUCCCCACCUCCACCCUCUGCUGCACCCUGCCAUCCCCCUGCAAGGAGCUCAGACUCUGAUGGAGCAUUUGAGACCCCUGAAUCCACAACUCCUGUGAAAGCUGUUUCCCCAACAGAACUCCCCAAGCAGCAGGAACCAUCCGAGGAACAAGUAGCAGACACCGCAGUCAGUGAUUCUGCCUCUGACCUGACUUCAGCUCAGGCACCCAGCCGUUCUCUCUCCAUUGUUUUUGAUGAGGACAAGCCCAUUGCAGCCAGUGGCACAUACAAUAUUGACCUUUUUGCUGCAGACUUGCCAAGUCGCACUCUGACCCGUUCUCUCAGUCUCCAGGGAGGAGAGCUAGACACUUCUGGUUCAGUAGACGAAUCUAUAGCCGAGGGCUUCCGUCCACAUGCUGAGUCCUUCAGCAUAGGCACUGAGAGUACCCCUGGAUCUGUCCACAGGCCCAAGAAAGUACGUACUGGGUCUGUGAAGAAGAAGCCUCUCCUCAGACAGACUUCUAACCCUGAGAGUCCAAGGCCAGCCUCCUCAAGCAGUACUCCAGAGGUGAAGAAGAGGGCCAAACCUCGAACAGCCAGCCCUCUCCAGGCCCAGGACGAACCAGAGAGAGCCUCUGCCGCUCCCAGUCCUGGAGGAACCCUCCGCAGGGCCAGGAAGAGCCGUGUGGAGACUCCUCCUCCUCUCCCAGAGGAGACCAGUCACACCAGCCCAGAGGAGAGGCUUCCAACCCCUGUAUUACCUUUGUGUCAGGAGGAGACUUCUCUCUCUGGGAGUCCACCAGUCAAAGAGGACUCCCCCAUCCCCCCUAGUGCCUCCUACAAAUGGGACCCAGACAACUUUGAGAAUAUCGACCCUUUUAAGACAGGAGGUAGUAAAAUUGCUAACUCUCCCGUGUUGGGUCGUAAAGCUGUUGAGGGUGCCCCCAUUCCUACCCCCCCAGAGAGUCCCCCUGUACCUGCUGUAGAGCCGCCUCACCACGAUCCUCCAGCUGCUCAUAAAGAGACAAUUACCAACCCUGAGGAGCAGCCCAUUGUCACUAAGCGCCAGCCAGUAAGGCUGGAGUUUGACUACUCUGAGGAGAAUAGUGAGGCAUCACACCAGGCCUCACCACCGCCCAAGAAACUGGGCAAGAAGCCCGGUGGCAAGAUGCCUCUGAGGAAACCAAAGCUGGGGCUGAAGAAGGCCCCACCAGCACAGACAGAGCAGCUGGACAAUGACCAUCCAGCUGUCCCCAAUGGCAACGAGGAGGACAUGCCUAUCCCAAAUGUAUCUUAUAACUUUGACCCUGACAAGUGGGAAGAUCCCAACUUCAACCCUUUCACUUCAAAGAAAGGAAUUCCCAAUUCCCCCAAACUGUCUAGGCCUUCCUAUAACUUUGACCCAAAUAACUUUGAUGACGCCACAGACCCAUUCAAACCCUCAAAUAAGAUGGCCAACUCCCCACCCAAAGCCUCUGCCUCCUUUGAGGUGCCAGCCAAUGACAAUGACAUUGAAAAUGACAAUGACAACAUUGCAGAGCUGGAAGACCACAAUCAAAACAAACCUGCCAAGAAGAAGAAAACUCCCAUCAAAUCUAACACUUUCAGAGUGAAGAGGUCUCCAAAGAAAUCGCCAAUCUCUGACCCAUCACAAGAACCCACACCUGUAGAGGAAGCCCCCUCUCUUCACCAACAGGAUGACCAUGCCACAGAUGAGGAGAAGUUGGCCUCCUCCACCAAUCAGAAGUGGGCAGCGCUGCAUGACAUGGAUGCAGAUUUGACCUCCAACUCGCAGGACUUCCCUCAACCAUGUGACCUCACGUCCUUUGUCAAUGAGAACAGUCUUCCUCAUCAGACUCCAGCGCCAGACUAUGAAAUUGAGUACAUGGAGAAGAUUGGCUCUUCUUUGCCUCUGCUGUCGGCGAAGAAGCCAUCUCUGUACCUGAAGCUGGACUCUGUAUCUGACAACUUGGCCAAAAAUACCUGCAUGCAUGGAUCUGAGCCCAGCUCUCCUUGCACAGGGAGUUUUGAGGAGAUGGAGGCCCAGAUAACAGCAGGCAUGAAGACACCGGUGCUAUGCUCUCGGCCCGGACCUGAGGGCUCUGCUGGAGACAAGGGCAAGAAGAGGGAGAGCGAGGCACUCAGCCGAACACAGAGCGCCGAGAGGGACGAGCAGCCCCCUAGCCAGAGCCCAGUGGAGGCCCCUGCUCCGGCUCUGGCCAUGCCCCUGUUAGACAGGCUGUCUGACUGUGGCGACCCCCUGCAGUACCUGGAGCCUGACCUGGCUGAGACCAACCCCACUGCCUUCGCCCACAAGCUACAGGAGGAGCUGGUGCUUGCUGCCCUGAGGAUAGAGGCUCUGCAGGUAGCCAAAAACAUCUCUCAGUGCCCCUCCCUCUCCAAUGUAACCCCACAGCAGAGAGAUGUGCCGUCUCCAGUAGAGAGUGCUGUGUCCAAGUCCUCCCUCUACACCAGGACGUCCACCGGCUACAGCGAGGGGGAGAGCCCCUACCUGCCCAGAGAGCUGGACCACUCCCUGGGGAUAGCACGAGAGGAGAUUGUGACAAAAGAGAAGGAGGUGCUGGAGUGGCAAAGGAAAUACGAGGACAGCCGACAAGAAGUGGUGGAGAUGAGGAGAAUCGUUGCUGAGUAUGAGAAGACCAUUGCUCAGAUGAUAGGCAUGCCAGAGGAUGAGCAGAAAGAGAAGUCUCUGUCCCACCACACCAUCCAGCAGCUGAUAAUAGAGAAGGACCAGGCCUUGGCAGACCUCAACUCAGUGGAAAAGUCUCUGGCAGAUCUCUUCCGACGCUACGAGAAGAUGAAAGAUGUGCUGGAGGGCUUCCGCAAGAACGAGGAGGUGCUGAAGAAAUGCGCUCAAGAGUAUCUGUCCAGGGUCCGUAAGGAGGAGCAGCGCUAUCAAGCCCUGAAGAUUCAUGCGGAGGAGAAACUAGACAAGGCCAACUCCGACAUAGCCCAGGUGCGAGCCAAGGCAAAGCAGGAGCAGGCAGCCUACCAGGCCAGCCUGAGGAAGGAGCAGAUGAAGGUGGACUCUCUGGAGCGCACCUUGGAGCAGAAGAACAAAGAGAUUGAGGAGUUGACAAAGAUCUGUGAUGAGCUGAUCGCCAAAAUGGGGAAGAGUUAGCGGCAACGCCACAUCCCGGCCAAAUCUCACAGAGAAGGGAAGCGGCUGUCAGAGAUUUACCUGGGACAUGGAAAAGAGGAGAGGGAAUAUUUUACCACUCCUCACUGGACUGAUGGACAUCUAAGGCCAAAAUGGUGUUGGAGUUAUAUUUCCUACUGACUUUGUGUAUAACAGGAUCCACAGGAGCGGCUUCCUCUUUAUCACCCUGUACAUUUUGAUGUGUCAGUGUAUUUUACUGUAUCAGGGGUCUGGUCUCAAGUUUUAAAAUAUGUGCAUACCAUAUCACUAAUGGGCGUAUGUGUGCAUGUGUGUAUGAGAGUGUGUGUUUUCGUGUGCUAGUAUGAAAAUGAAAGAAGCUGAGAGCGUUGAUUGUGGGUUAAAUCAUCUACAAUGAUGUUGCCAUGACAGCCACUGAUGGAGAAGACUGUUUACCCACUACUGUUGUUGUCUCUUCUUAUUACAAAAGAAAGAUAGCCUUUGAAAAAGAGUAAAGAUCAGUUAAUAAAAUGUUGAAUUACACCACUAAGAGAAUACAAACAAUAACAAUAGCUUAUUGCAUGUGAGAGAGGAAAGAUAAACUUGUAAUGUUUAUGUUUGUAUAUAGGAAAUUCAAAUUAUAAAAAAAAGACUCAUGCAUUUUUGAUACAGCUGCUCUGUCAUUCAAAACCUGCUUUCUUCAUGUAACCUUGUAGAUACUUGUCAUACUUGUCAUAGCUUUCUUGAUGAAAUCGUGGGAUUUUAUUUUUUGAUUUUAUUUUGAUAUAAAGGAAUCUAAUUGUUACUGUAAUCAGUCGUGACCAGGGGUAAUUUAAUUUUGGAUGGAUUUGUCCUAGUCCUGCAAUGGUUGUUGUGUCACUCCGAGGAGCAUCUCUGACUUCUCUGCACAGCUACUGUACAGCAUCUGCUUACAAAGUGCAAUAAAAGAUGGCAAUACAGCA